AUGCCUGGACUCGGAGGAAUACCUUGUUUAUACGGCCUUCAUUAUACUCAAGGCGGACGGUUUACGAGCGAUGUUGAUCCUAAGCCCGACCGAGAUAAACAACCGCGCCAAGAGAUGACUUUCAGAGCGGAAGGAUUGGAGAAGCUAGCGCAGACUGCUCGUCCGGGCGAUGCAGCUAUGUCCGCCGACAUAAAGGACGGCUUCUAUUCAAUAGCUGUAGCCGAUCCCAAGCUUUGGCAAUUCAGAGACCACCUGGGACGCCUGUGGUGUUUCAUGGCCCUUCCCAUGGGGCAACCUUCUCACCGGCGUGGUUUCAUCUACUGA